AAUGCCUAAACGGAGAAAGUUUAAAAAUGUUGAAAUUGGAUCUUGUGAAUUUAUAAUAAAUUCGGAUACUGUAAGCUCAAGAAGAGUUAGACGAAAGAAAAAACGUGAUAAGGACUCGAAAAAAGAAGAUAUAAUAACUCGAGAUAGUUUUGUAACAAAAAGUCUCUCAUCUGACACGGGCUUUAGCGAACCAAGUCAAAUAGGUGACUCGCCCAUCCAUCUAACUGACUCAAUAGAAGAAGCAGUUCGUUGGGAAAUUUCUAAGAUGGUAGAGGAAAGACGCAGGACUCAGGAACCAAUGUUAGAUGUACAAUUACCCAGUUUUAUAAAGCAAACUAUAGAAGAUGAUAAAGACCUCAUACAACAGGAAAAGUUUAAUUAUCUGUCUGAAAAUUCUCAAAAUGACGACAAAGGAGUAAACAUUUGGGAACAACUGAAGUUAAUUGAUUUGGACGAUUCAUUAAUUGAAACAGUUGAGUAUGGGGGUAGCCGAGUUGAAUUUAAAUUAGUUGGAAUUCUCUUUUAA